AUGGAAAUAUGGAAAAGGUCAAUGUUGUCUUAUUGCAAAGUAACUAAGGCGAUACGCUUUUGGCAACCACCUUCACAAACUGUAGCGAAUGAAGCAGCAGUAGAAAAAAAUGCAAUAAUAUUCUUGAUAAUACGUGUUGACAUCAUUGACGAUGAUGGAGUCUGUUCCUCAAAAAUUGGUAGAAGAUUUAUCUCAUCUUUUAUACUUACCGACAUUCCAACAAUUUUUUCAGCUAGGGCACUCAGACCUAGAGUACUUCCUAAAAAACCUUCAACAGAUUGGCGUGAGGAAAUUCGUAAAGGUAUAGUAACCGAUAAAACUGGUAAAAACUCCUUCGAAUAA